UAUUCAGAUUUUUUGGAUAACGUGAAUUUUAUUUCUUUUAGUUAUUGAAGUAUCGUUCAAUAACUAUGCGUUUAUUUCUUGUUAAAAUUGUAUUUUUAUCAUAGGUUGGUCAGUAUCAUACUUGUAUAAACCCAUCUCAACACCAGUGUUGUGAGCCAAGAGUGCCUUUCGUUUAAGUUAUAUGUUUGACAUUUUGCGCUUAGGUGGUUGGCUCGGUAGUCACGCGAUUAAGGGAUCUUUUUAGAUAUUAUUGUACAAAUGUAUGCACCCUAAAGCAGUUGUGUAGGUGUGAAACUACUACAACUAAUAUACAGCAACUUCAAAAGGCUCCAACAUCCUCUCUCAAUAUCCAUCUCGUUAUUUUCAACGUUGCUACUAAUGGUUCGGUCGUGCUGCAUGAAGGUCAAAUGAUUGCUGAUGUCGUAUUUACCUACAACGAUCACUUCCACGUUCUAGCUCUAUGGAUGAAGGAGACGACAGUAAGGUUACAGUGUAAUAUGGAGAAUAUAUGUAUAGAUGGGGUGCGAUGACGGGACUACGAGGUUUUAGUCGGUGUGAUAAAUAUGACAAAAUGGCGGUCGAUCGCAAGUCGCUCGUGCGGAUAGUCGGAUUUGUCUUGGUAAAAGAGAAUUGGGCGGAAGACCAGCCGCCGCCCACUACGGUGAGCGGUUGUGCCACCUAAAACAUGUCCGCCGUCGCCAUAGCCGCCGCCGGUGACUCCACCACCACUCCACCGCUCAUGCGUAUCACGAGUUGCUGGCAUACCUAUUUAAUUUAUCAUAAACGACACUGUUCAUUAUUGUUGACGGUGUAGUUGAUGUACAGAACACGAAAUUACGAAUCAGAAAUGGCCGUAAACAAAGGAAUUGCCCCUGAACCUACCAUUAAUCUUAAAGUUCAUGGACAAAAUAAUUAUUUUGUCCAAUUCAGGAUGAAGAUACAUACUCCUAUGAAAAAGCUCAUGAAAGCUUAUUGUGAAGGAGCUGCUUUAGAUAUUGCAACAUUAAGAUUCCAAUUUGACGGACAAUCAUUUUCUGGCGAAGAUACUCCAUUUUCUUUAGAACUUGAGGACGGUGAUAUUAUUGAAGUCUUCCAACACCGGGCUGGUGUCGAUGGAAUUUGGAACAAGCCGAGCACAUCAAGGGAAGAAAAAACAACUCCUUACAAAAUAUCUGAAAAGAAAAUAAUUCAAAAAGAAGUUGCAAAAAUGAAUAUUACAACAACUAGCAAAACACCUUUAGUCGGUGUUAUUCAUCCAACAAAUGCUACCAAUAGUGUAGCCAAUGAUAAAGUAGAGACUGGUCCCCUGAAUGGUGCAUUAGACAAUGCUGGGGUUGCACAUUCGCCUGAAGAAUUAGACAUGCCUGUCGAUUCAAAUGAACAAACAUACUGUUUAUGCAAACAAGUUUCUUAUGGUAAAAUGAUAGCCUGCGAUAACUCAUGUUGUCCAAUUGAAUGGUUCCAUUUUGGAUGUGUUAAAGUAACUACCGAGCCCAAAGGAAAAUGGUUCUGUCCGAAAUGUAAAACAAACAAAAUGAAAAAAUAACUCAUUUUAAAAAUGGAUAAGUUUUUAAUUUUAUACAUACA